AUGGAAGACCAAGAAAUUAUUUGAAGCACAAAAGGAUGCAUUUGCAAACCCAUUUUGAGCCGAGUUAAUUGGAAUAAGAGAGGCUAUUUUUGUAUCUGGCAUUGAAAUUUAAAACGAAAGAAAUCUAGGUGGUCAAACCAACAAUAUGAAGAGUUAGAUAUGUUUGCGAUAACUGCUGAGGAUGUUCAAUUUAUAGAAAAGGCACAGGAGAUGUUUGAACAAGUCUUUACUCAGAAGGAGGAAAGGGAGAAGGAUCAGUUUGAUCGGAGAGUUUAUAGCUUACUAUAUGGGCAUCUUAAGAUGAUAUUUAAGUCUUUAUUAGUGAAAUGUAGAGAAUGGAGAAAUCUUCAUUUGAGACGAGGGAAUGAAAUGAGGCCAAUGUUGGAACAUCAAUAUGAGAAAUUGUUAAUGUCAGGAGUUGAAAAAGAACUUAUUAAAGAGAAAGAUAUUUAUUUAAAUUCUUAUCAUCUCUUUGUUAUUGAGAUCCUAACAUGUUGUUUGAACUUCUCUCAGUUUCCAAAUUUAAUAUAGGAAAAUUCUCUUUUGGAGAAAGUCUGAUAUCAACAGAAGAGACAAAAGAAAGCAUCCAUCUCCUUAUUUGAGAGGAGAUUAGAUUUUGAAUUUUUGAGUCGUAUUAUUUAAUUGAGUGAGUUCACAACAAGAAGAAUUUAUUUCAAAGUUUGGAUCUUUCUAAAAACAUAAUUCCUAUUAUACAUGCUGAGAAAGAUCUAGAUAGAUCUUUUACUAAUAGUAAUGUUAAAAUAAAAGAGCCUGAUGGAUAUGAUAAUAAUUAUUUAUCAGUUAUCGACAGUUUUAAUCGCCAUGUUAAUGCUUGAGAAAUUGGGGGUACUAUUAAAAGAUUGGACACCAUUGAGGAAAAUUGAAUUCUUGAAUUUUAUGAUAGAUGCUUGAAAAUAAACUCAAACUUGAUCUUUAACUAUUGUCCCAAAGAGAUAAAAUUUCAUCAAUUAAAAGAGAAAUCCAGGGAACCUAUAACUGAUGUAAAUAUUGAAGCUGCCAGGUGUCAGCAUAAUGAAGAAUGAGAUACAGAAUCCUUUUACUAUCUUCCUGAACUAGGAAUUCAACUCUGAUUCAAGCAUAAAUUUCAUAUUUCUUAUCUUUUGUGCUCUAAAUAUGUCCAACUCUUCAAACUAGAUCUCAGACAGAGUUUAAAAAUAUUUCAACUCCUUCAAAGAGAAGUAUGUAAAGAAUCAUACUGAAGAGAUUCUGAGCUAAAUUUGAAACUUGACGAUCUAAUUAUUAAACCAAAUUCACUUGAGCAUCAAUUUCCUCUAGAACAGUUUAUUCUCCUUCAAAAUGAAAUAUUGAUAAAUUUAACUGGAAGAUAUGAGUCUUCCAGUAAAGCUAGAGAUAUUUAUGAUUUUGAAAAAAUUUUAUUAGCUCAAAUACAAAAUCUUUAUGGUUUAGGUAUUAAAGAGCAAACAAAUUAUUGGUUCCCAACUUCAAACGAUUAUGAAAGUGAUACUAAUUUUAGUCAGAAUAUGCUAAAAAUAGAGAUUCUCGAAUAUAUCAUGGAGAAUAGGUUUCCAAGAUACUGGAGGAAGAAAAAAGUUGAUUCAAAAACAAAUGAAAUUAUAGAGUAUUUAAACAAAGAUUAUGCUCAUAGUGAUAAUAAAGAACUUGAGCCUAAUUUUGAAAAUAUUGAAUUCAAUAUUGAAAUCAUAUCUCCACAAAAAGACAAGAAUGAUUGCUUUACAGAUAUUAACCCUAACAUGAAAAUGAGACUAAAUUGUCAAAACAAAUCUAAAAAAGAAAGUUCAGAUAAAUAUUCUCAUCUAUCUAAAAAGCCAUUUGAACCAUCUUUAAAUCCUUCUGAUUCUACAACAAAGCAAAAGCUUCCCGUAAAGAAUAAUUCCUAUAAAAAAAUUAGAACAGAAAAAGAUUUUGACCAAGAACCCAACAGAAAUUGUCAGCUGAGCGAAAAUAAUUAUGAUGAUAUCAAAGAUCCUUCCCCUUCCAGACAAUUGAAUUGUGAAAAAGAUAAAAAUUAACCCAAGAAGUUCAUAUACAAUCUAUUCUACUUCUUCUCCAAUAAAUACAUCUAACAAUAAUUCAAGAAGUAUUACUGGAGUUUCAAAAAAUAAUCCUUCUUCUCUUGGCUCAGUAUCUAAAAAUUUAUCUGAAUUUAAUGCGAAAGAGGAAUGCAAGGCUCAACCCCCCGAAUAUUCAGGGUCAAAUAACCCAAAAAUCUCAGAAGAAAUUGAUCCAAUUAAAAAAUAUGCUGAAAAUGAAAUCAAAGAUCUUAUCGAUGAAGCUAAGCAAGCAAUUUAUACACAAAGAAAAAGAUAUUCCUCUCUAUCCAAUCACGAAUCUCUUUCUGAAUAUUUUAUAAACAAAGAGUUAUAUAAAUUGAAAUUAUGAGAUCCAAACGAUCCAUUGCUUUCUCAAUAUGACCUUUCUGAAUUUGAAGAAUUCAGAGAAUUCGCUUCAGAUCCAAGGUGGAAAAAUCAAUUCUCAAUAACCUCACACGAUAAAAUUAAGGCUGCAUUAGAUACAGAAAAGAAUAUAGAAGUUCUUUCAUUAAUAAAAGAUAGACCAUGCGCGUUUGAGAAAUUAGAAUUGAAGAUUCAUGAAGGGGAAUCUAAGACCGGCAAUAAUUUUUUGUGCAAGUAUUUUCCUGAAAACUGUGAAUAUUUUAAAAUAACUUUUUCAUAUGGUUAUAAAUUUCGAAUUGGUUACUAUUUUGACCCCCUAAUCAACCUAAGCGACAGAGUCACUGAAGAACUUUAUAUUCUCCGUUGGAAACUAAGUCAGCACCAAAUGCUGACUAUUUUUCAAAAAUUUAAGCAUGUCCGCUCUUUAACAUUUGAGAGUUGAAUCCUUUAUCUCGAAUCUUUGCCAGAAUUCGGAAAUUCUUGUGAAGGGUCAAAGAUAAAGGAGUUAGGACUGAGUUGGACUAAUUAUGGAAGAUAUGGCUAUGCAGUUGAACACUUAAUUCAAGGAUUAUCUCAGUCUAAUGACGUUAUUCAGAAUUUAAGCAAGAUUUAUAUUACUGGAAGGGGAAAUACUGAAGAAACAAAAGAAAAAUUGAAGGAAUAUGUUGACAUUGGAAAAUUAGACAUUAAACUUUACAUGAUUAAAUCUGCUUAA